UACCGUGCCGAUCUCUCCGGGCGAUCGAUCGAUUUCUCGUGGCAACGUGGCCUGCGAGAUCGCGUGUUUUCGUAUUUAUUCUUCGCCGGGUUGUGUGUGUGUGCGCGCGUUCGCGCGACGAUAUCUUGUUUGUUUUGGUUUCGGGUUUAAGCCGUGCUUAGUCGAUCGCAAUCGUGCCAAUGAAAACAAUAUUCGCGCGAUAAAAAGAGGUCGUUUACGCGCGCGGGAAGAUAACGACAAAAAAGGCAGAGAAAAAAAAAAAUUUUAGCGGGGAUCGAACCGUUUUCCCCGUGAUUACCAGUUUCGCCGAACGAUCGCUCGAUCUUAAUUCGGAUGAUCGAUUCAAUUAGCCAGAUGAUUGAAUUAAAGUCUGGAUGAUUCAUCUAAAGCCGCCGCAGUCAGUGCCAGUGAAAGUGAAACCAAGUGCAAGUCGUCAAGCUGAUUGCAGCGAAGAAAGAAUGAAAGAGAGAAGAGCUGAAAAUCACAGUUUUGCAGUGAAAAUGAGCGCGCGCUUUUGAGAGCGAUCACGAGUGAGCAGAUCGUCACUCGAUCGGAAAGAAAAGAAAGAAAAGUGUGGCUAGGUGAGUGAGCUGGUUGGGAAAAAGAAAAGUGUUUGUGCUUGGAAAGGAAAACCCCUACCUCUGAAAAGAAGUGAAAAAAAAGAAAAGAAGCUUAAGAAAUAUUGUUUACCUUCGACUUCGGAGAAGUUUGCGGUGCCGAGAAAUAAAUAAAAGAAAUAAAAGCGAAAAGAUUCCCCCCGUCCUGAAGUUAUGCAACAACACAAUUCCGUCGUCGGCGAACCAUAACCAACCAACCAAAGUCACCCCCAGUUCAGAGCGUCGGAAACGAUGCCAGCACGAUGUCGUCCCUGCGGAAGUCUGCAUCGUUCCGGUCCCGAAUUCCGGUGCGCCGGAGCAGAGUUUCCGCGCGGCGCUGCGUGAGUCCGCAGCCGUCCACGUCCACGUCCGUGACCAGCACCGGGUCGAUCUACCAGGGAGGGGCCGAUGGUGGCCACGGUCGCCCGCAGUGGUAUGACCGCCGGUACUCGUCCUCGUCCAGCUUUUCCAGCAGUGACGAAAGCAACGACUCCGAGGCGCCACUCAAGCUGCUGCUCAAGCACCCGGCGGAUGGUCAACGGGAUGGUCAACGGGAUGGACGAACCCGGCAGCAGAACCAACACCAUCGGGAUCCGCUCCUGGCGGCCAGUUUGAGCGUUUCCACGGAUGCCAUCAGUCUGGACGGGCUGCUGGAUUGCGUGAGCAGUGGGAGCUUUUCCAGCCCGCCGUCCCCGUCGCGGGGCAAAGCUGGCAACACUGCCGGAGGGGCCUUCAACAUCUACCAAAACCAGGAUCAAACCCUCGUCGUCGACGACGGCGACCCCACCUGCCCCAACAACCCGCUCGGUUCCAGCUUCGAAUCGCUGGACCGGCUAAAUUACGCACUCGAAACGCUCAAAAUCACCGACACUUUCCACGCCGAACGGCAAGCCGUUAAUCAGCAUUAUGAAAAUCUCAUUAACGAAGCCAACGGCGACGCCCCAGAUGGUGGCCUCAAAAGUGAUCCUGCGCUGGAAUCGGCGCUGGAGCCCCUCGCAGAGGACGCCGAUUCCCGCAAGCAGCGCAAACUGAGCGAUUGGUACUACAUCAAGACCAGCCCCAAGAACCAGCCGCCAAGUCCGUGUGCCCAGAGGCGGACGAUUGCCCCAAGUGGCAAUCCGCCGACGCCGGCCGCACGCCGUGGCCAAGUGCCGUCGACAAAAGUUUUAAUUGCCAGUAAAUAUUCGACGCCGCCCGAGCAGCAGCACUUGGCAAACAGCGAUAAAUUUCCCCCCUCGACAGGGAUGGGUAGGGAUGAUGGUGGCGUGGAACCGGUCACGCAGGACAAGCGAUUUAACAUUGUAAAACAUGGCGGGUCAACGGUGACGACAGUGGUGGCGGUCGAUAACGGAUCUGUACCCGGGCAACAGCGGCAGCAGCAGCCGUGUUCCGCAGUGGAGCGAUUGCAAGCACCACCAAUAACCACCAGCCCAAGCUUCGAGCACAUCACACCGGAGAUUAUCGGCCCAGGCCAUCAGCAACAGCAGCACCGGAAUCGAUUUUCCCCGUACUGCCAGCGCAAACAAGUGCCACAAUUGCCACAAAGGCCGACGCCGCCAGCGAGCGGAAAAUCAACGCAGAAUAUUUAUGAAAAUGUCCCACCGGCGGCCAUCGACGGCAGCUUCGGUGGUGAUCGGUUUCCGCAGCCGUACGACGUCAUCAACCCGGACCCGGAACGGUACCGCUGCAAGCGGGCGGUCAAACGGCCACUGCCCAGGGUGCCACCGCAGCAGCAGGCCAUCGAGUACGGCGAAGAGGAUGACGAUGAUGGCCACCGGAAGAGCUCGCUGACCAGGUGCUAUCCAACGAAGACCAACAGCCAGUCACAUCCGCAGCAGCAUCACCACCAUCAAAUUACGACCCCGACCUCGUACCGGACCGAGUACGAACUGUCCGGAUCGUACGUGUCGCUCGAGUGUCCCGCGUCACCUCCCGGUCCGCCAGCAUGCCUGCUCGAGAAUCGACGCGACCCGCAAGGUCGGCUAGCGCACGCCCUCCGCACUCUCUACACCGAGUUGGCGCUGAAGGAGCCGGUCUUGCCGACGUGGGUCCAACCGGUGGCACCCGGCGUCCUCUGUCCGGCCCGGCUCGAACCCGAACUAAGACUGCACAUCCACUCGCACGGUCUGAACGAGUGCAUCACCGUGGACCAGAUCCUGGCCGCCGUUCAGACCAAGGAUGGACCAUUUCUGGAGGCGCCACGGCGUGUCCUCAUCGAGUGUCCGCCGUGGGUCACGCGUAGCACGCUAGCCCUCCGGAUACUGCACGGCUGGAGCCGGGAACCGCCGUGGCCUCCACGAGGUCAACCCGUAGCGUUAGCACUUUUUGUACCGUUGAACGAGCUGCGCGGCUCGAUAUCGAGCUACGUGGCGAAAGAACUGCUGCCUCGCGGACCGCAGAACCCGUUUGCAUCCGGGUUUGGCGGUUUCAACGCCGCCUGGAGUACGCUUGAGUCACUCAAGAGCAAACUGCUGAUCGUGCUGGACGGGUACGACGUGCAGAGCAAGUCCCGCAAGAACAAGACCGUGCAGAAGGACGUGGCGGACCUGCUGGAAGGUCGACUCUUCCCGGAAGCGCGGGUCAUUUUAAUUUCCGUAACGUCAUCCUGCAGUGAGCUUCUCCCGUUGAUGCAGCGGCACAUCACCUUCGAGGGCAUCACUUGGGGCAGGUCGGUUUCGCUGCUCGGGGGUGGACAGUGGGGAGCCCCAACGAGGCUCAUCGACAGUGUUCAAGACUGCCACCAUCUGCGGAACAUCGCCCGGACGUCGCUAGGAUGUCUGGCCAUUGCCGCGAUCUACAACUCAAACGCCGGCGUCCUUCGGACCGAGGACGAAAUCAACGUGAUAGCGUCCGUGUUCAACUGCGUAGCGGCCAACUCGUCACACACCCAGGUCACCGAACUGGGACGGCUAGCCCUGUUCUGUCUCAAGACCAAACGAUCGACGGUUAAUUCAGCGGAGCUCAAAAUGUACUGUUCCUCGCCGGAGACCAACAUCAUCGGCUGCCUGGACAAAGGUCCCGUGUUUGGACGGACCGCCCGGAGGAAAUCCGAGUACCAGUACACGACGAUCUGCCCCGGAAUCGCCGAGUUCCUAGCGGCCAACUACCUGGUCUCACUCGCCAGCCGACCGGGACUGCUCGCAGCUGAAGUAGCUGGACUUGCCAUCGGCGACGAAGUCGAGCCCGAGAUCCUCAAAGUCCUCACGUACUCCAUGGCACUGCUGGGAUCACGCGCUCACUUGCUCCUCUCCAAGUUGACGCCACUCUGGUUGAGUCCCCAAACGAUCUUCUCUCUAGCCCUUGCCGGUGGAGAAACCGAAGCCAAUCUCACAGCUCUCUGCGAGAUCCUGGGCAUCUCCAAGUCACCCCCCAUCCCUCCGCUCGAGGCUAAACCCAUCUGGGUGCAGAUCAAGUCAACGGCCUCCGAGCUGCAAGGAUGGGGAAUGGCUCUGAAGAGCCCGACCUGCACGCUUAAAAACCUGGAAAUUGUCUACCAAAUCGAGAAGAACAUGCUGCUCGAGUCGCGCAACGUGAUGGACAUCUUUCUGGACGCACUGCUGAAGAAUGAGUCCGUCACGACGCUGCGGAUAACUUCGCUGAUCGAGAACGAGGUCCGCGACUCGGACAUCAACUACCUGGCGUCGUGCAUAUCGAAGACGGUGCUAAAACCAAGACUGGAGAGUUUCGAACUCAUUCUGACCCUGCUCGAGGAGGAUCCUCCGAUCCUGAAGCUGCAAUCGGUGGUGACCGGUCUCUGUCGGACCAUCCCGCGGCAACCGAAGCUCAGCAAUUUGAUCCUGGAUCUUAGUCUGUGCACCUCCCAGCUGGUGCAAAUCUGCUCCAUGCUGGAAAAGUGUCCCCAAGUGACACGACUCUCAUUCCCGCAUCUCCGCUGCGAACGAGGAGCCGUUGGCGCCCUGGCCAGUCUCCUGAACGCCCGACCGCUAUCAUAUCUUGCGCUAGCGUCCAGCUGGGGCGCCCGCGAUGAUCCACCGUCCUCGAGUGGCGUUAGCAUGGGCUCCGGCUCCGGCAGCAGCUCCGGCAACUCAGGACUCAUCAAACAAUCGUCCCUCACCGGAGCGCCCUCGCCCCGAUCUUACCCUACCGGAAUAUUCUCAUCACUGCCCCGUGGAGUCCUCAACUCCACAUCGGCCAUGGGUCGAUCAGCUACCCUGCCCCGACAACCUAUGGACGGACCGCCAGACAAACGCAGCACCGAUUCCGUAAUCUCUCGAACGUGGUACCCAACCCCCGCUUGCGACGGAGGUCCCCACAACUCCGGAACCCUGCACGAACUGCUCCUGGCAGCCCGCGAUCCGUACUCCCGACUGCACGGCUUGGACCUCAGCAAGGCGCAACUCUCGCUGGAAGACUCCAUGUGCCUGGGGGAAACGGUUCGCGUCUCCGCUACGCUGCACUCGAUCAAGCUGGAAGGCGCAUCCCGGCUCAGCGAGAUCCUCCCGACGGUGCUCGGCGCCAGCGAAUCACCCACCCUUCAAAUGCUGAGUCUCGGCUCUCCACGGAUCGCCCUCGAGGACGCCGCCGUCGGGAUGUCCGCUCGUGCCUUGGGUAGUUGCAUCACACUAAGACUGCUUAGCCUGGACGGGUGGAGCUUCAGGAUAGAGAACAUCGGCACGCUCGCCUCCGUUCGCGGUUUUCUGUCACUGACGUCGAUCCGCGAACUUGGCCUCAACAACUGCCGGCUGAACGUGUCCAUGUUCAAGAGCGAUUUGGCCAUGCCGAGCUCCGCGUACGACUGCCGCUCCGUCGUGAACCUCAAAAUGGCCGGCGCACAGAUCAUAUUCGCCGACCACGUCUCGAUGAAGGGUCCCCACAUGCUACCAUAUCUGACCGGUUUCGUAAACCUGCGGGAGCUGGACCUGUCGGCGCCCUCGCGCACCGGCCUCGGCAGCACAACCUCUACCCCGUUGAUCCUCUCCGAUAAGGACAUCAUCGGUUUCUUCUCCACCCUGAACGGGCACUUUAGCUCCCUGAACACGCUGAAGAUCUGCAACUGGAUCGUCCAUCUGGACGACGCGGUGCGCACGCUCAAAACCGUCUCCAAGCUGUUCAAGUCCAGCCCGAUGAGUCACGUCAAGCUGGACGGGAUCGUGGUGCUGGACAGACCGAAGAAGGCUCGCAUCGAGGCGCAGUUUAUGCACGCGCUGCUCGGGUUUUUGCCGCUGCUGCGCUGGCUGGGCAUUACGGUGGCCGGGCUGAGCGAGGAGCAGAUCGUGGCCAUUGGGACGCAUUGCGCCGAUAUACGGGGGAUGGAGAUUGAUGUGAGACUGUGCGAUUCGACAAUCGAGAAUGCAAGAUUGAUGACCCACUCACUCGGGCUGGACGGCAAGUUCGACAUACGGGUCUCGACGUUCGGCACGUCCAACAGCAUCCUGAUCCACAUUGAGAAAACUUCCACGAAAAGUUUAUCCCGCAAAUAGACCGACCGACCCGGAGAUGCAGCCUGUCCGAACGUCAGACGAGUCUCGUUCGGUAUAGGGGGGGCAAACCUUAAGGCCAUGGGGAUUCGGUAGGUAUUUCUCAACGAGACACGGUGUGCAAGGUCCAGGAGGUUGGUUGUUCAUCCUUCCCUCCCAGGAGGGAGGACAUAAAGUGUGUAAAAGUAUGAGGACUAAAGGAGAAAAGUAGGAAGAAUCUUAAAGAAGGGAUUUGCGAGCACUCAGUCGGAAUGGAAGGCAAGAACCACUUUCAAUCCAUCCCUCUCUCUCUCUUUCUCUCAUGAUGGUGUCUGUAAACCUGUAUAUUGGUAAUGAAAAAAAAAACGAAAAAGAAGAUAAAAAAAACUUUGCAAGAAAGCUAGAAAGAAACCGUAUAUCUUUCCACAAAUUUUAACACUAUCGAUGUCUUUUCUCACCGUUAAGAACGCAGCAUUUUCAUUCCGUUUUUCCUUCAAACAUCUCACCCACUUCUUCAUUUUUUUUCAAAUCUGAGUCCAGUCUAGGGUGGUGUGUCAGCUUUUCUUUGACUUUGAGGAGGAAAAUAUCCCCCUCUAAAAAAAGAAGGACGAAAAUGGGGAUUUAUGUGCAGUGCUGGUGGCUGGCUGGUUUGAUAAAAACGGUUGAAAGGUGUGACAGCUCAGUAGCAGGCUAGGUGAAAUGCAAUGAAUCUUCUUCUGUGGUGAGAAGCUUUAAGAAAGAUCUGUCACUGCUAACUAGUUGGACUGAGGUGACGGGAAUAAUCUCAACUUAAGCUGGAAAUCAUCUCCUAAUUGACGGAAGUCGGGAAUCCGUUUUUGAGCAUCUGAAAUCAAGUUCAUUUGUUGAUUCUAAAAUUUCGCUAAAGAAAUGCAUAAAAGAUACACAGUUAAAAAAUGUGUAAUUUAGGAUGGUUUAAAAUUUGAAGGUUUAAUAUCACCUCUUCAAUGAUGCAAUAUUACCUCAA